GCGUCCAAUUCGUAAAAAAAUGUAACCCGAUAAGGCAGGCUCUGUUUAUAUGCACAUGCUUCAUCUCAUUCAACAUUUCCGUUAGAUUAAUUCGUUGUACACGUAGAUUUUUUUGAGAAUAAGAGUUAAAUUGUGACUGUCAGAGAAUUCCAGAAGGUUACCUGUCACUGACACCGUGCGAUCAGCUGUUCAGAAAGAAUUUCCUCUGCUUUGCAGUUGAAGUCAUGAAACUUUUAGCAUCUUUGCUGGUGACCGCUUGCGUGGCAGCGUUUGCGUGUGCCGAAUUGUUUUCUUCCAUGGCACAUCUUGAGAGUGCCUUGUUUGCAGAAAGGGACAUUGCUGUUGCCAUUCAAGAUUACAUUCAUGAAGAAGAAAAAAGACUUGCAAAACUCAAAAGAGUUGCUGAAGAUUUUGCUGAGCACAGUGAAAAGGCCUUAGCCAGUGAUAAGAACCUCCUAGCCAAUCCAAUCAAUGCUUACUUGUACAUGAAGCGAUUCACCUUAGACUGGGACAGAGAGGUGGCCCCCAACUUUCAGAGUGAUCCUGAAAGUGAUGUACACAAAAGAAUAGAAGAGCUGAAAGGAUAUCUGCCCAAGUACGAGGAUCUGAAAGGGGCGGUGACAGCGUUGCUACGGUUACAGGACACAUACCAGCUGGACACCAACAAUCUGGCCCAGGGUCGUAUCCACUCUAUGGUGUCUAGUUCUAUGUCAGCCUCAGAUUGCUUUGAAAUUGGAAAGCUGACCUAUAAUGAUGAAGAUUUUUAUCAUACAACCAUGUGGAUGGAAAAAGCCCUCGCUCUGGUGGCCAUAGAGAAAAAUCGCACUGUUCAACGGGUUGAUAUCCUGGACUACUUAGCUUUUUCUCUUUAUAAACAAGGUGAUAUAGAGAGGGCUCUGGUGUUGACCAAUGAACUUCUGACACUGUUACCUCAUCAUACAAGAGCACAGAAUAAUCGCAGAUAUUACGAAAAGUUAUUGGAGGAACAGCAGAGAAAACGACGAGGAGAUGAUGGAGGGGCUCAGGAAACAGAUGAACCCAACGAAUACACAGUACGACCCCUGGACGAAUAUCGAAAAGGCGAGGAGUUUCAGACAUAUGAGAGCCUUUGCAGGGGAGAAGACACACAUGAUUAUAAACUGAAGCACAAAUUGAAGUGUCGAUACGUAAACAAGAACAACCCCCUCCUGCUCUUACAGCCGGCUAAGGAGGAAGACAUAUACCUGGAUCCCUGGAUUGUUGUCUACCAUGACGUGGUGUCAGAUUAUGAAAUCGAGACUAUAAAAAAACUGGCCACUCCAAGAUUAGGUAGGGCUACUGUCCAUAAUGCAAGAACUGGUAAACUAGAAACAGCUGAAUACAGAGUUAGUAAAAGUGCAUGGUUAAAAGAUGACGAUGACCCAGUUAUACAUAAUGUCAACAAUAGGAUAGCAGCCAUUACAGGCCUGAGUAUGAAAACUGCUGAAGAUUUACAGAUAGCUAAUUAUGGACUUGGAGGGCAAUAUGAACCACAUUUUGAUUUUGCAAGGAAAGAAGAAACCAAUGCUUUCCGUGACCUAGGAUCUGGUAACAGAAUAGCCACUUGGCUAACAUAUAUGAGUGAUGUAGAUGCUGGAGGAGCCACAGUUUUUCCAUACAUUGGGGUCAAGUUAUUCCCUAAAAAGGGAGCUGCAGCAUUCUGGUACAAUUUGUACCGAAAUGGAGAUGGAAUUUAUGACACACGGCAUGCAGCUUGUCCAGUCUUGGUCGGUCAAAAGUGGGUCUCAAAUAAAUGGAUUCAUGAACGAAGUCAAGAGUUUAAAAGACCCUGUAGUCUCAACAUGGAUGAAUAGCUUUGUUUAGCUUAUCACAAAACGGUUUCAAAGAACCAUGGCUUUCAGAGACAUUGUAUUUUUAGUGAGUACAUCUUCAAUCAAUGUUUUGGUCUUCCAUGCUCCUAAUACAUGUAUAAUGGAGUUUUCCGUAAAUGUGCCAUGUGAACAACUGACAAUCAUCUGCAAUGCUGAAGUGAUGACUACACAAAACUGCUCUUCUGCAGAGAAUUCAAUUUGGCUGUUAAAAUUUCCUGAAAAAAAAAAACAAAAAAAUUAAAUUGACUGCAUAGUUACUUCACUGAAUAAAUGAAUAUACGCACAUCACCAUUAUGCAGAUAGUGUUAAAUUCUUGCCCAAUCUACAGUUCUUGUGUAAAUUGCUUUUAUUCUGUGAUACAAUUGUGUUUGGUUAAGAUGUUGAGAGGGGAUGUCUCAGAAGUGUUUAUUUUCAUGUGAUGAGAGAAAAGUAUGCAUGAAAUGUGAAAAAGUGAAUGAAAGUUCAGGUAAAAUGCUUGUGGUAUGAAUAAAUAUAAUGUGUGAUAUGAGAGUCAUGUAAUAGUUGCAUUAUAAAAAAAAAAAAACACAAUGAUCACUUAUAAUUACUGCCCCAUAUAUUUUUCCACCAAUUGUGAGUUUUUGAGGGGUUUUUUUUUGGG